AUGGAUCCAUUCGCAAUUGAUGAAGAUACUUUGAAAGAAUUCUAUAAUUUAAAAACUCUAAAUCCAACAACAUCAUGGGAACAUGAUUCAUCUAAUCUAAUUGAUUUAACUAAAUGGCAAGAUAUUUCUCCAACAACAGAUAACUCAUAUGAUAUUUUAAAGGAUUUGAUCUCACAACAACAAUCAUCAACUAAGAGAGAAAUAGAUAGAUAUUUAAAUGAUUCCUCUACUUUAUUGAAGAAUACGACAGAUCCGUUAACUACUGAACAAAUGAUUACAAAAUUAAAUAACUCUAAUAUCUCUUUGGAUAAGUCUGGAUCGGAUAAAUUCUUACAUUAUUUGAUUAAUAGUAAAGAGUUUAACGUCAAGGAAUUCCUAAGAGAUAUUCAUAAUAAGGAUUCAUUCGAUGAUUUAACUAAAUCAUUAGAUAAUUUAGAUCAAUUAAUUCAAUUCCAAUCAAAUGAUUUGAAAAGUUUAGUUCAAUUGAAUUUUACAAAAUACGUUAAAAUUAAAAAUAGAUUGGACCAAAUUUAUAACCAAUUCUCAACGACGACAACGCAAACUAAUGAUAACGAGGACUACACCGAAGACCCUGUUUUAAAUAUUGAUCAAUUACAUGAAAAAGUAGAUGAAUCGAUUAGAUCAAUCAAUUUGAAAUUAAAACCAUUAAUUGAUACAUCUCAAACAAUAAAAAAUUUCAAAUUAACAAAACAAUUCAUUGAACAAAAUAAACAUUUUUUCAAUUUACCAAAAAUUUUGAAAAAAUGUCUGAUAAAAAAUGAUUAUUCAAAUUUAAUAAUUGAAUAUUCAAAAGGUUUAAAACUUUAUAAUGAUUUCUUAUCAAAUGAUAAACCUUUGAAAAGUAUUAAUCUGAUUUGGAAUGAAGUUGAAGCUAUUAUGAAUAGUUACAAAGAUACUACAUGGGAAAAAUUAAUUAAUCCAAAUAUUAUUACUAUACAUUCAUCAGAAUCAAAUUUCCUGCCUUUAUUUUCAAAAUUAUUAGAUUUGAAAAUUGAUUCAAAUCCCAUACUUGAUUGGAUAUCAAUUCAUUUAACAAAUUUACAAAACCAAUUAAUUGAAAGAUUAGAUCAUGAGAUGAUUAAGAUUAUUGACGCCCAAAAGAAAAUUUUAAAACUGGCCGCAUUCACUAAUAAUAGUGAUAAUACAACGGCCGAAAACGACCAAUAUCUAAUUAAUAUGAAACCUUAUUUAUUAAUCAAUCAAUUUUUUGAGCAAUCAAAUGAUAUAGUAGUUUCAACAACUACAUCAUCAACAACAACAAAUGCAAUCAAUUCCUUCCAAGGUUUAACGGAUCGAUCCGCCAUUGUGGAAAUGUGGUUACUUAUCAUAAAAUAUACCAUUGAAUUUCAAACUGUUUGUAAUAAAUUUAUUCAACUUUGGGAAUAUAUUGAAAAAUUCCUUGACGGUACUUAUCAAAACAUUUUAUUGAAUGAUAAAAGGAAAGAUAAUAUCCUGGUGGGUGACUUGAAUAUAAUAAAUAAUUAUAAAUUUAUUUUACAAUUAGAUCCUAACGAAAUUAAUCAAAUCAGAUUGAAAGGUGAAGAGUUUGUCACUUUAGUAAUGGAAAGAUUAUCCCUUUUCUUCCAAUCCUCACAAGAGUCAUUAUCGAAACAACAAGAUCAACAACAGCAACAACAACAACAAAAACCACAAUCCAAUGAAACUGGCCUACCAUCAGAUUAUGGUUUUAUACCUCCAACUGCAAAUGGGUUAAGUUGUUUAAGAUAUUUACCAAAAAUAAUAAACCCAUUUUUAAAAUUUACCACUGAAUUAGCUCAAUUAAAUAUAACCCCAAAAUCAGUAGAAAUUUCAAGGUAUUCUGCAUCAAUUUUAAUAAAACGUUGCGUUGGUGCCAUAUCAUCAAUUAAAUUAAGAGACAUUUCAAAUUUUUAUAGAUUAGAAAAUUGGGAUGUUUAUACAACUAUCACUGAUCCCCUAACUCAAACAGAAUAUGAAAUUACUCAAUUUCCUGAAAUUGUUCGUUGUUUCCAAGAAUAUAGUUUAAGAAUCAUUAGAGAUUUCCUUUUCUCAUUUGAAAAAUUACCCGUAAUAAAUGGAAUAUCCAUUGUAGGAUACCCAUCAAAACAAUUAUUAACAGGCGUUGAACUUCAACAAGUCAUAUCAAUGGAAGCUGUCUUGGAAUCCAUUUUGAAAAAUGCAGCUAAGGAUAAAGAUAAGCCAAGAAGUUCACAUACUAUUUUAACGUUAACUAAUUUACAAUAUAUUAGAGAAAUUACAUUCCCAACAAUAUUACAAUAUUUUGAUGAUGCAUUUGAAAUGAAUCUAAAAUCAAAACCAUUAGAAAUUUUUAAUCUUUUAAAUAAGAUGGAAACAUCCAUAUUCGGUAAUUACCUUUCUGAAUUGAAAAUCAAUUUAAGAGAUAUCCUGGAAGAUAAAUUUAAAGAAAUUAGCUGGCCAAGUUUUGAAUCAACUUCAUUUAGAGUAGGUGAUUAUAUCUUGGAAGCUUUGAUGUUAUUAGUCACAAUAUAUAGUGAAUGCUUUAGAAUUGGUCCACAAUUAAUUGACAAGAUCAUUAAAGAGACUCAAAUUUUCAUGGCAAGAUAUUUGUUUGAAGCUUUUAAACCAUUCAUUGGUAAUUUAUCAUCGGAUGGGUUGUUACAAGUUACUGUGGAUCUACAAUUUUUCCAAAAAGUUUUGGGGUCAUUAUUAGAGAAGGAUACUGAAGCUACAUUGACUGCUUGUUUACAAAAUUGUUUCCAAAAUGAUACAAAGAGAAUGAGAACAUGUAUUAAAGAAGUAGAGCCUAUUGUGAAUUCUAAUUUGGAAAGAACUCGCGUUCAAUUUGCCGCAUUCAAGUAG